AACACACAGGGGAGUAAAUGCAUUGGCAAUUCCAUUAAUAAUACCCCGAGACACAAAGCAUUAAUUAAUUAAUUAAUAAUACCACAGAACAGGUCAAAGUAAAUGCACUGGCAAUUCCACAGAUAAUACCCAGAGACACAAAGCAGAGUAAAAGUUUUGUUAAUUCCAACAAUAAUAACCCAGAACAGAUGGCACAAUAAAUGUGUAAAUGCGUUGGCAAUUCCAUGUAUAACACCCAACAACAGAUAAUAACACAGAGUAACAUUCAGUUUAUCACACACCCUAGAAUACACGGCAGGUUAAGCACAGCCCCACACAACUGCGCAACGCCGAGCUCUCCAACACCGCGGCCAUGUGUCCUGGGCAGGAAAGCAGCGGAUAGAGUUACAUGGGACUGGAGAAGAGAGAACUCUGACCGGGGAGGGGAGACAGAUGGGAGGCUCCAAACUUUCUAUUCAGUUACAGGAGCUGUAACCCUUCUCCACUUCACUCACUGGGCUGUGUAACCUGUGGGAGAAUAGCAAUGCCUCUCCCUUACCAAGGCAUCACUCAUUAACCAAGACAUACACAAAAGCUCUUGCCAUAACCCCCUACUCCAUGCCGUAACCCCCUACUCCCGGCUGCUCGUACAGAGCUGGUAGCGCAGGAUGCUGGGGAGAGAGCUCCGGCUGCGCUGGAGAAUGUGCGCCUUGCGCCUCCUUGCCAUCUCCCUGGGAAUCCUGCUCUGUACUCACUUCUCAGCGGAGCUCAGGCGGAGGUCGGGGCCCCCGGAAAAACUGGUGGUGGCAAAGGUGGAGAGUACUGCUAGGGAUCUCAAUAAGAGGGCAGAGGAAAUGCCAAGCAGAAGGCAAGUGAUCUAUGUGAGGCGAAGCAGUAGCAGCAGCAAGGCUGCCAACCCUGCCACUAACCGGAGGGACAAUAAUAAGCCCAUCCGUUGGCAUAUUGACUUACAGCCUUGGGCAAGUUCUUCUCAUUCGCUUGACAGUGAGGCCAUAAGGUUUCUGCGCUACAUAACAACAACUCAGACUGGGUGAAGAUGACAACAAUUUUGAAGUCAAUAUGGCCAGCAGAGGGUGUGAAGUCCAUAGGUUUGACCCAAGCAUUGCAUCUACACAGAUUCAUGAAGGAGAACGUCUUUGGCAUCAUCGUCUUUCCAUUGAUUGGAGGGAUCCUAAGCCUGCCAUUGCCACACAUAAAUUACACAUCACUACUAAAAAACUCGGUACCAUUCUUAAUGAAUUUGGUCAUUGGAAGAUAGAUGUUCUUAAAGCAGACAUGGAAAGUGCUGAGUGGAAGAUUCUGGAAAACCUCAUUCUAGAAGGUGUUGUUGAACAGAUAGGACAACUGAUCUUUGAGAUCCACCUUCACUGGCCGGGCUUCGAAGUCAGUGGAAAUGACAGCAGCGUUGUCAGAUACUGGUAUAGCCUUUUUAAAGAACUUGAGCGCAAAGACUUCAAACUUUUCUACACUUACAAGGACUUAUCAAAGCCACAAAGGUUCCUUAAAAAGGAAAUCUAUAAUGCAAGCAGCUGCUACAUACUAAGCUGGGUAAAUACUAGAUGGACAUAACGUGGAUACAUGUAUUCAUUUGAACAUUCAGAGCAGAGUCACUGUAAGGUUUUGUUGCCAGAAAUGAGUAUGGAGUAACAGUCUUUACAUUCAUUUGUAUAAACAACAAAGUUACAGAACCUUAACAGUAACAUUUCUAUGUUUUCUGCAAAGGAAACUCUGGGUGACUUAAGAAAACAAAGUGUCACGUAUGCAUUCGCACUGUCAACUCACUUUAUUGCUGGUGGAGGGGCAAAAAUCUUGUGCUGUUGCGUAACAAGAUUUUAUCUGACCCACAAAAUCUAAUUAAAAUCUCCUGUGUAUUUAGCCCUUUACCUACAGGUCAGGAAACAAAAUGACUACUUUUAAGUUUUUAAUACUUGCCCUCAACAUAAGGCUUGUAUCUGCUAAAACCACCUUGGUAUUGCUGCUUUGCUGUCAGCUUGUUAGACCAGGGAAAUACGUCUUGGACUGAGUGGUAAGUGGUUUGAAGUAGUUAAAAAUAGUCAUACUUUGAUGGCAUCCUUUUAGGGGGCAUGGGAGGGAAUCUUGAGUAUUUUGACACAGAGUUUCUUAGCAAGAAUAAAAACAUAGAGCAGCCCCCUACAAAACAACCCUAUGUGCUUUUGCCCUCAAAUAAGUGUUUCUAUAUUAACAGCCAGUUGACACCAAGAAAUAAAAAUGCCCUGAAUGCACUUACAUAUACUGGUCACUUAGAUUGCACUUUAGAAAAUGUUUGCAUUUUUUCAAAAACAUGUUUUAAUUCAAAAUAACGGUAGUUUAUUUUACAAGGUUUUUGGAGGAAGGUUAUGAAUGUUUGUUAUCUAGGGCUUCAACAGAAGAAAACUGAACAGAGCUGGCUGCAGACAUGCUGCAAGGAAAACAUUUGUUCAUAUACAGAAAAGAAAUGCCGAACCAAUAAUUUCUAUUGUUUGUCUUACUGGUCCUUUAAUAGUUAGCCAUGCAGCAUGUAGAUUUUCUAUGUCAAAUAUAUACAGAUACUGUACAUUUAAAACAAAACACAUCUACACGCUGCAGGGUUGGUUUAUAAUUAUAACAUGCACUGCAGAACUGAAUAGAAAUGAAUGCAGUAGGGUGCUUUAGAGCUGGUAAGCAAAGAAGCUUGCAGAAGUACACCAUAACUUUCAUCUGUGUCCCAUACAUUUUGUAAUUUUAUUGGUUUAAUAAAGUGCAGCAGUCAGUUAAGGUGACUUGGUUAUAAUAAAUAUUAUGGCAAAAAAUCUCAAUGAUUUACAGGGACCAUAUUUAUACUAAGAACACAACUGGAUUGUGUUGAUAUGAGAGCUUUAAAUGGGUUGUUUGAUAUUUAUUUAUACCCACUGACUUUGGAAUGUCAAAAGAUGAUUUUUUGGAUGUCUAAAUGAACAAUAAAGAAUGUUGCUGGUUUUAAUAUA